CUAACAUGUGAUCCGAUCACACAGAGAGAGGAUGAUGCAGUUAUGUAAAAACACGCAUCGUGAAAGUGCGUGUGUGUCAGUUCUGGUGUUUCGUUUCUUUACUGCGCGAUAUUUUUCUGCUUUUGAACGGAUUUAAAGAAGACCGAAUCCCCUGGAAAGCGGUAGAUUUAGAGAGCGAGCCACCGCCUGCACAUUUUCAUAUUAAUAUCUGCGAUGUGUUUAUAUAGAUGCGGAAUGUGUGAACAGUCAGCACAGCUGCUGUGAAGCCGCGGAUUCCCUCGUCUGGCAGGAGUGGCGGAGAGACAGGAGUGGUUGUGGAAACGCGCCUUCUUUCGGAUUUACUUCUUCGGAUGGGUGGCUUUGGAAAAGGAUACUAAAAGUGGACUUGUCUAAUUCUUCAUCUUCAUCUUCAUCAUCACCAUCUUCGUCUGUUUAUUUUGUUAGUAUUUUCGGUGCUGUGUGGAGAGAGGGAGAGGGAGGAAGGAGGGAGAGAGUCGACCCGGUAAUUCAGUGACAUACUACGGGUGCAGUUAAAUAUUCAGGAUUACUGCAGCAGUACAGUCAAAAUAAAACUGCCCUGAGCGAGUACCGUCCACUACCAUCCAAAACAAACCACAGGAAAAACAGCGAGGUGAUGAUGACUUGACAGUUUAUAAUAUCCACGAACAACAAGACAAGGCUGUCGGACCGCUGGCUCGUUACAUUUCAUUUACAGUGUCGCCGUGCUCGCACAAGGUUUCAAGGUGUCCAGAAGAACAAGGAGAGAGUGACGUUAACAGGAGUGCUAAGCGGGUUAGAGAAGGAUCAUUACUGGCGUGCGGCUCCGUUGGAAAUGAUGUCAUGACCCACUCGCGGCGGAAGGAUUCUCUGAGCAGGUAUCGGAGCGAAUGCCGGGACAAGGUGGGGGGCAGGCCGCAUGGUGACGGGAUGAGCGGGGCCUGGCCCGAAUGCUCCCGUCGAGGAGGCGGAUCCAAGCAGGGCGUGUCCGAGAGGGGAGGCGGAGCCAAGCAGGGCGUGUCCGAGAGGGGAGGCGGAGCCACACAGGGCGUGUCCGAGAGGGGAGGCGGAGCCACACAGGGGGUGUCCGAGAGGGGUGACAAGGACAGGGACCAGGGCGCAGACCCAGAUAGGAAGUCCUACCCCCUGCGGAGGAGGGCGGCCCUGCUGGAGUUCGACACGCGCAACUGCCAUGUGGUGCUGACCAGGCUGGAGCAAGAGCACCUGCUGAGGGAGAGGAGCCGGGCAGCGGCGGGGAAACACCCCUCCGGGAGAGGAAAGAGGAGGAGGCAAGGCCAGGGGGGCCAGGAGAAGGACCACUGCAGCAAGAAAAGGGGCAAAGACCCCAGCCUGCCACCCAAAACACAGCUAGAGCCAGCCCUGGAGCCACGCAAGCGCAGAAUGGCCUCCCUCAACGCCGAGGCAGUCAACAGCCUGCUGCUGGAGCGCGAUGACGGCCAGCAGGCUCACAAAGUCCCCAAGAAGGUAAUCCGGCGGUUAAACAAGGACCCCCAUGAGCCGUCCGCAGAUCUGCCGGCGAGCUGCCCAGGGCCCUGUGGCAGCGGCACAGUGAAGGGACCCCAAUCGCUGGAGAGCGGCCCCAAGUGGCGCGGCAGGAAGGUCAAGGUGAAGGAAGAACCCAAGGAGGUGGACUGGGGGGCCCCGGCCCCCAAGAGGCUUGCGGGCCUCAACGCAGCGGCCCUGCUGAAGCUCACUAGUGCCUCUGCUGGGGCAAGACGGAGACUAAAACUGGACAGCAAAGGAGGAGGGGGAGGGGGAGGCGGAGGGGGAGACAAGCAGGGGCAGAAAUCUGAGCAACACAAACAUCAUCAUCAUCAUCAUCAUCAUCAUCAUCAUCAGCACCAGCACCAGCACCAGCUGCAGGUGUUGCAACAGGGGACCUGCCUGGGUUACAAGAAGGAUGCUGGCACCCUCAAAACAAAGUGGGAGACAGGGAGGGGUGGCUUCCCCGUACCGGGGUACCAGUGCCGGAGCCUCCUGGGGUACCCCCUGAAGUCUGUGAAAGAGGAGCCCAGGGAAUCCCAGCUGGACCCCUUCUACUGCGGCCACCAAGACAAGGUGGAGUACUGCCACCGCCUGGCUCUGUUCCUGGGUCACCACAGCCAGGGCUUAGCCUCUCAGUACGGGGGUCCGGGGGAGGCCUCCCCGCCGCCCUCCCCCCUCAAACAGGAGUUCCUCAUCCCCCACCACUCGCUGGCUCACUCUGCCCUGGCCGUGGGCUCACACACCUACCUGUGUGCCGAGCCCUGCUUCUCUGGGUAUUACCUCCACAUCGGCCACCAGGGUGCCUCCUCUCCCCCCCUCCUGUCUGGGACAGGGCCCUUUCACCCCUCCGCUGUCCGGAGUUCGAAGCUGCUGGUGUCCACUGCUACACCGGGGCCCCCCUCAGGUAUCCCUCUCCCUCACCCCGUAUUCUGCAGCGCACUGGAGUCCCCCUGCUUCGGGGAGGCCUGCCGGGUCAACAGAUUCUCCGCCACCGCAUACAGAGCGAUGCACCCGCUCACCAGCAGGGGGUGUGCUUUCAACAGCUGCCGCGGAGGCUGCAUGCACGCGCUCAAAGAAGAGCCCUACCCCAGCCCCCUGGAUGAGCACAGUCCUGCUAUCCCGGUCUCCCCAGCCCUGCCUCUGUCUGGCUGCCCAGUGCCCACAGUGCCCCCUGCUGCCCAGUCCGUGCCUCGCCUCCCAUCGCCGCUCUUGGACCCCAGCCAGACGCAGCUCAAGGUUGCCCGGGAGUGUCCUCAGAGCGGCAAGCCCCCCAGCGGCUCUCGAUCGGGGGUCCGCAGCACGGCCAGCUGCCCUCUCCUCACCCCGGCCCCCCCUCCCGCCGCUGCUGCGGGAAAGCAGCAGCGAAUCACACGGCGCCGCGCAACCAAUGGCUGGCUGCCUGUCGGAGUGCCAGUGGAGAAGGAGGUCUACAUCGUGGGGGAGGAGGAGCCUGCUGUGAGACGCUGUUUCGAGGGGGUGCAGCGGGACGGGGAUCUGAUCCGGGUUCGGGACACCGUGCUGCUGCGUUCCGGACCCCGAAAGAAAACCCUGCCCUACGUGGCGAAGAUCUCUGCACUGUGGGAGGACCCCAAGACAGGUGAGGUGAUGAUGAGCCUGUUCUGGUACUACCGGCCGGAGCACACCCAGGGAGGCAGGAACCUGAGCACGCAGUGUGAGAACGAGAUCUUCGCAUCUCGCCAUCAGGAUGAAAACAGCGUGGCCUGUAUUGAAGACAAGUGCUACGUCCUGACAUUAGCACAGUACUGCAGAUUUUGUGCCUUGGUGAAGCGCCGCGGAGAGGGGCUACCGGACAGUGCCCCAGUGGUGCCCCCCUCCCCUGACUACGCCACCCCCCCGCACCGCCGCGUGCCCCCCAACAUCGACCCCAGCCUGGUGUUCCUCUGCAGGCACGUCUACGACUUCCGCUACGGACGCAUCCUCAAGAACCUGCAGUAGCGACCAGCGCCACACCAGCAAGACCAACUGGACUGAGAAACAAGCCCGUCCGGCCUGGGCAGGCGAGAGAGGAGGAGACGAAUCAACCGACCGACCAAUCAUUCACUCAAUCAGUAACACAACUGAAAAUUCAAUUGAGGGGCGUCCAACCAUGAUAGUGCCGCCCACAAGCAGUACCGGUUUAGAGAUACAGAGGGCAGCAGAGAGUGCUGUGCUUUGAGUUAACCCUCCGUGUCCUGUUUGAGCCGCCCAACACAGUGCACCUCUCACACAGGACUGGAGGUCUGGAGGACGCCCUUGAAUACGAGCCCUUGCAUAUCUCUCUGUGCGGAUCGAUCCAGCUCGAUAUUAGAGACUAAUCAAUCUGAAAUACUCGGGCAACGCUACUGUAGUGACCUGCUUUAGACCACGAGGGAUGCAUUUAAAACAAGCAAAAAAACCACUUGUACGGUCAGCCAUAUUGUAUGAGGUAUCGUGAUGACAGUAGUGUGUGAUCGUCAAGUCUCAGAGUAACAUCAAUUAAACUGAGAUAAGCCCUGAAUUGCAGGCAUGGUAACUCUGUGGGUGUGAAUGAGCAGCUUACCCACUUGCUGACUGGUGAUGGGACUGGCAGCCCCCACAGUGUACCAGUAAGCCUGAGUCAGUCCGCUCCUGUUAAAUUAUUUUUUAAAUUAUUUUAAAGUCUAUGAACUGAACUCAUUGAAGAGGCUCGAGACCCUGCUGUAAUGAUAGUUGGUAUUCGUGAAGGGGUCAGUGGACACGGGCAGGCUGCUGGAAUCUCAAUUCUUAGAGCUGACUUGAGUACUGUCGUCUUCUUGUCUUGUUUUAUUGCUUGUGUGCUGGCAAGCAAUGCUGAUUGAAAAUGAUCUGUCUGACACCCCCCCCCCCAACCGAGGUAUUUAAAUAUUUAGUGGAGGACCAGGUAGGCGGUUUGCCUAUCCCAGGGUACACUGCGCUGCUCCUGUGGGAACGGUUUUGGCACCCAGCCUGUGAACUGACCAAUGAGAGGGACGCGAUACGGACGAUGCGUCCCUGCCGUUACCGAUCACUGAGCCCUGAACCCUGAACCCUGAACCCACCCCCCCUUCUUGUGAAAACCAAAGGACUUUACUGAGCGCAGAACCCCGCCCCCCUCCACUCCCCUCCUCAAAUCCAUUCUUAGUUUGCACUAAUUAAUUCUCUGUUUUGUUAGAAGUUUUAUGAUUAUGUGAUCUUGGCUUUAUCCGCUACUAAUAUAAAACAAGAGGUAUAUUGUGUGUGUGUUUGUGUGUCGGUGUGUGUGUCAGUGUGUUUGUGUGUCGGUGUGUUUGUGUUUGUGUGUGUGUGUGUGUGUGUGUGUGUCGGUGUGUGUGUGUCGGUGUGUUUGUGUGUGUGUGUGUGUGUCGGUGUGUUUGUGUGUCGGUGUGUUUGUGUUUGUGUGUGUGUGUGUGUGUCGGUGUGUUUGUGUGUGUGUGUGUGUGUCGUGUGUUUGUGUUUGUGUGUGUGUCGGUGUGUCGGUGUGUUUGUGUUUGUGUGUCGGUGUGUCUGCAUGUGUGUGAGUGUUUGUGUGUGUGUGUGUGUGUGUGUUGAUGGAAGCAGCUCUGUUGUCCAGAGGGACUGUUCAUCCAAACCUUCACCCAGCCUGACCCUAACCUUCACCCUGCCUGACCCUGACCCUAACCUUCACCCAGCCUGACCCUAACCCUAACCUUCGCUAGCUCCGCUCCCCAGGGGACUCACAUACAUCACAAUCAUGGAGGAUAUUUCGGCUGGACUUCUCAGUUUUUCCUGCAAGGAGAAGCUGUUUUCCCAUGUGUACUGUACUCUCAUUCCAGACUUUACAAUAACCCAGGCUGGGCCCAAGCUGCAAACAUGCGUUCUUGCAGAGCGUGUUAACAGUGCAUUCCUCUUAAUCGCAUUUCUCAUCAUCACAGUUUAAAAACGAACAAAAAUCCAUUUUGAAAAAUGGAAUGUUACACAUUUUAAAUGAAGUCGAAUAAUAAUAUUUCAAAUUUCACUUUUCUUUUCUUGUUUGCAAAGUGAUCUACACCAUAUCCCACCCCUCCAAACAAAAAGGUGUAUGUAUUUAUAUACAGUGUAGUGUGUGUGUAUAUUACACAUGUAUGUAUAUGUCAGAUUACCUAAAACUUUGUAUUUCUUAAUGGGCCAAUCCCCUUUUGAAUAGAAAACACCAAGACGUAUUCACUGGUAAUAAUAGCUGCCACCGGCCCAGGCCAGCUCCCAGGGUACCCCGAGUAUUCAUGCUUCAGGAGAGAUCUCUGUGUGGUGAAGUUAGUUCAGUAGCAGCUUGGUUCAGACUAGCCAGAGUCUACUGUACACCACAGCAGCGCUGCAGUCAGCACACAUGCCUUGUAUUGCAAACUGCAGGGUGCCAAAACCAUACCAACGUGUGAUUGAUCCAGAGCCUGUUAUAUAUAUAUAUAUAUAGAGAGAGAGAGAGAGAGUGUAUAUUUUAGUGUGUAAAAGUAGUCCUGUAUAAUACAGAAGUAUCGUCGAAUUGUGACAUAUUUGGUGCCCUAAUCUCGCAUAACAAGGAAGAGGAAGGCGUCGAUAUAUUUAUAUUUGUUCCCAAUAUUCCCAGAUUGAAAUGGUGAAGAUCUACAGGCAGCUUGGUCUGGUGUCAGUAGAAUGUUUGUUAUUAUUAUUUGUAUUGUUGGAUAUCGAUUUGCUUCGUAGAUGUUUGCUUGAAGGAACUGAAUUGUUUGCGAGGGUGCGGAGUGUAGCGCCCCCUGCAGCAUUGGGAGUGGAACGUGGGGGCUGUGCUUGAGUGUGUGUGUGUGUGUGUGUGCGUGCGUGCGUGUUUGUGCGCGUGUGUGAGUGUGCAUGCGUGUCUGUGUGUGCGUGAGUGUGUGUGCGCAUGCUCGUGUGUGUGUGCGUGAGUGUGUGCGCGCGUGUGUGUGCGUGCGCGCGUGACUGAGUGAGAGUGUGUGAGAGAGAGAGAGUGAGUGUGUGUGUGUGAGAGAGAGACGGAGUGAGUGAGUGUGUGUGUGUGUGUGUGUGUGUGUGUGUGUGUGUGUGUGUGUGCGUGAGAGAGAGUGAGUGGGUGUGUGAGUGAGUGAGUGGGUGUGUGGGUGUGUGCGUGAGAGAGAGUGGGUGAGUGGGUGAGUGGGUGUGUGGGUGAGUGGGUGUGUGGGUGGGUGUGGUUUCUCAUUAAGCUCCUGGCAAUAGAAUUAGCAAAAUAAAAAAAAUAAAAAAAUAAAAAAAAGACAGCUGCAGAGGUAACAGGGUGGACGCCCUAAAACCAUUGACACAAUCCAAGCCAAAAUCCAGAUCCCAGUGAGAAGUGUUACUGUAUAUUCAUGUGAUUUGUGUGCCAGCCUCGCGUCUGCUAGACGCUGGACCGCAAGAACUGAACUGAAGAGCCGUUAAUAAGCAUUGCAGGGUAAAAACAUUACAAUGAGAAAGCAACAAGAAUCCAAAAGUACAUGCUUUAAUGUUAAAAGAAAAGGAAACCGAUGUGAACAACUGUAUGCCUCCAGUGAGCUGCCCCAGACCCGCUCUGUGCAGAGCAGUGUGAGGGCCUGUGUCCCAGGACUCUCCCUGUAUUGAUAAGCCUGUGUGUGGGCUCCACACUCUCAAACCACCCCAAACUGGGCUCCACACUCUCAGGUAGUGCAGUGACCCCCAGACCAAACCCCAGGCCUGUUUCAGAUCUCAUAGAUCCCUGCUCUGAUCCGACAGCUCCAGCUAGCAAUGUGACAGGCAUUGUGGAAAGCCUGGUAGCGUGUCCCAACAGUGUUUCUCAUGUCCCAGAGAAUCUAACGUGCUUUUAUUAUAGAAAGUCCUGAGGACAAGACAAGCAGAGACCAGGUCCUGUAUAUUCACACUGAACAGGGCUACAGACCAUCAUCAAUAUUGUGCUAAUGGUACAACGCAGGUGAAUAAAUCAAUAUAUUUAAUUAAAGUCAAUUCAAUUCAAUUAAAGACGCUUGUACGUGUUUUGCAAAUCCUGAAGGUAAAAUUAUGUAUUUUUUAUUUUUUUAUUGUUAAAUAGAAAAAAAAGCACUUAACCCCCACCACCCUGCCCCGCCCCAUGCCCCGCCCCCUCUACCCCGCCCCGCCCCUCUGCCCCGCCCCUCUGCCCCCACCCCGCCUCUCUGCCCCGCCCCGCACCGAGUGGGUACAACGAGGAGCGAGACGGACAUUCCAAAUACACUUUUUCUUUUUUUGGGUGGGGACGGGACUUGAAAUUAAAAUAUUCUGAAAAAAAUGUAAUGUAAUGUAAAAAUUUUGGAGAAAAAAAAGAAAGUGUAUCGAUUUAGAAAAGAAAAUAUAUAUGUUUUGAUUUAACUUGAA